UACUCCAGGAUACGCUGAUCCAUCCCCAGUUGGUUCCUGUUGUUUCAGAACUUCCCAAUUACGAUUCUGUCAUUUAUAAUUGUCUACUGGAUAUACUUCUGAGCUCAAAUAUUAGACUUUGAGGUGGGCGGAGAGCUGGGCUGAAGGUCAGGAGCUCACCCUGACCCAGCUUUGAACAGUGAACCUUUCAGUUGGCAAGAUUUAUUGCAGCUGCAGCUGGACAAAUUAGUGGUUAAAGAAGAAGCCAAGAACCAGGCAAGGAAAACAUGACCCACCUGAGCACCACAUCUCAGGUGACUCACCUGAGCACCACAUCUUCACUUCCUUUUACACACAGGGUAGCAGGUUCUGAAGAACAACGAAACAGUUCAGGCUUCCCUGAUGAUGAUCUACUUCAGGGUCCAAAUGCAGUCAUAUUGUAUCUUAUUUUGAUCCUUUUUUUAACAACAUUUUUAACAACAUGUGCAUUGGGGCUGGUGGGUAAUGGCACUGUCCUCUGGUAUCUCUGUUUUAUUAUUAAGAAGAAUCCCAUUACCACCUAUGUCCUGAACCUAGCUGCAGCUGAUUCUGCUGUGCUCAUUUGUUUGUUUUGCUCAUAUUUAUUUCCCUUUUUAAAAGAAGAAAAUGAUUCCUCCCUAGUGGUGCUAAUCUGUUUCUUCCUUGCGUAUUCGAGUAGCCAGUAUCUACUAACAGCUAUUAGUAUUGAGAAAUGUCUCUCUGUCAUUUUCCCAAUCUGGUAUAGAUGUCACCGACUAGAAUGCCUUUCUGCUAUUAUUUGUGCCCUGCUAUGGAUCAUGCCCUGUCUGUUUCUUGGAGGUAUUUUAUUAUUCACAGAUGUGAAUUUAAAAGUCAGUCAGAGCAUCUGCAUUAUUAACUUUAUACUUUGUACUCCACUUGUGAUAAUCUCCACUGCGGUUCUUUUUAUGAGAGUGUUCUGUAGCUUACAUCGUCGACAGCAUGGAAGAUUCUACACUGUUCUCUUAAUUACACUUCUUGUCUAUCUCCUUUUUAGAACCCCACUUAGUGUUAUGUUCAUUUACACUUCUUUUGGAUAUCUGAAUCCUAUAUAUAUGAGUAUAUCUAUGAUGGGUGCUUGCAUUAACAGCAGUGUCAAUCCACUGAUUUAUUUCCUGAUUGGGAGGAAAAAAAUGCAUCGGUCCAAGGAAACCUUAAAACUGGUACUCCAAAGAGUUUUUAGUGAUAAUGUAGACUGCAAAGAGAGUGGGCAAUCCAUCUAAACAUAUGCAUGGGUCUGAAAGUGGAAGUGGACUGAGCCACAAAAUUCUACUUUGACAGAUAUGUCGUUAUUAUCUAUGUCAGUGUGCCUCUUCACCCCUGCUCCUACUUUUGUCACUCUUGUUAUGUGGACAGCAAUAAGUCCAAGCAGGAGAACAUUUGUAUGUAUGGACACUUCUUGCUAUCAAGAACAAAAAGAACCAGGAUGCUUAACCAUGUGAACCAAAUAGAGGGGAAGUUCUCCUGGUCAGAUACAUAACCUCCACAUGAAGGUGAUUGUGUAACCAAAAAUGGAAGCCCCUCCCCAUGUAGUGAUUGAACUUUAUGAAUCUAUGAUAUAAUUGGAAGCUAGGCUUUUAAAGACAAAAAGCUGAUCCAUGCUGAGCCAGGACACUGUACCACUCCAACUGUGUUUUGUCCAUACUGCCUGGCAGCAGCAAUGUGCUGUUUUCAACAGCUGCUAUUUUUCUGCUUCACCUGGAGAUGCUAGCCAGCAAACCAAGGACUUCUGAAAGCUUCAACUCUUCUGAAACUGAGAGCUUAGGACUGAAACAAGUGGAGAUAUCUUGGAUACUGUCAUUAAAGUAGGAACAAAACCCUAGCCACUCAUAUGUAUUCCCCGUAGGCUCACAUCAUUAUUGACAUUUAUAUAUUGACUCUGCUCAAAGAACUUACUACUUUGCAAAACUGAAUAUUUGAGGAUUUCUACACUUGUAUCAACUACCACCUGAGGAAAACUCCACAUAGUCAAAACUGGUUGUGGUUUAUAAACUGUUUAUAAACUGUGGACUCCAAAAAAGGACUGAAAAAUUUGGAUUUGUUGUUUACAAACUUUGGCUAAAAAAGGACUCACAAACUUGUGCAUUCUACUGCAGGAAUCAGCUGUUUAUCCCACAUUUGGAAGUUUUUGAAUAAGAGACUUGCAAAAAAAGGACUUAUAAACUUUGAUUUUGUCAGUGAUAAACUUUUGGUUUUUGAAAAGAACUUACAAACUUGAGCAUUUUUGAUGUAGGAAUCAGUUGUUUAUCCCUCAUAAGGGAAUUUUUGGGUUUAGAGAUUUACAUUGUGAAUCUCUGUCAUGUAUAAGUUGCUAGUACAUUGAAUAUUGUAGUACUAUAGCACAUAUAUGAUAUACAUUCUUAUGAUUAUAUAACUGUAUUACUUUUUGGUGUAUAGUGGCCUUUUGCCCUUGUACUUUGGGGAAUCCUUUCUCUCUAUUGGUAUCUUGGAUACUGUCAUUAAAGUGGGAACUAAAUCCUAGAGUGGAUUUACAACUAUAUAGAGACAGGUGUCAUUGGAUAACAGUUAUGUGAGAAUUGCUGUAUUAAUUGUAUACGCCCCAUCUAGUUGGCUUCUAUAUCUCUUAUAUCUAUUGUGCUAGUGCUGUAGUUUAGUAUUCAUUCUGUUUAAUUGGUGUAAUUUUUACUUGUUUUAUUUUACAUGCUGUACAAUAUGAACUCAAGAGCUGUACACUAUAAGGACGCUAAUAAAAAUAUAAUACUUACAUUGCUAUGCGAAAGAGAGAGUGGAUGCAUUUUGACAACAGUGGCCAUUCUUUUUCCCAUGAGGAGUGAAUGGAAGAGGCAGCUGAGAGUUAUAUGAGUUUAUUUAGUUCUUAUUGGAUUGUCUCAUGCUCUGUGAUUGCUUCAGGCAAUGUACAUAUAAAAGAAUGCAAUACAAAAAGCUGAAUAAU